AUGGCUUUUAACAUGUCAAUUAUUAUUAUUAUGUGUUGUGCUGUCAUCAUUUCCGCCGCGUCCGGUGAACCGGUAAACUUACCGCAGCGUAGAAUCGUAGGUGGUACAAAAACAGACAUUGAUAAAAUACCAUAUCAACUUGCUUUGGAAUGGAAAGGUCAUCAAUUUUGUGCCGCAACAAUAAUUAGUCCUCUUUAUGCCGUUUCCGCUAGUCACUGUUUGCACAGAUUUCGUCCGAACGAUAUAAUCGUGAGAACGGGUUCAACGAAUCGCGAAAACGGUGGAAAAACGUACAAAGUUAAAAAAUUUUAUCUUAAUCCGAAAUAUAAUAAAACUAAAAUUGAUUAUGACGUAGCAUUGAUCGAACUAAAAUCUCCGAUUGAUUUUGAUUUAAAUUCGCAACCGAUUUCCGUAACAGAUAAAGAACCGGUUUCCGGUCAAACUGUUUUGGUUUCCGGUUGGGGUAGCCUUCAGGAACGAGGACAAGCAUCGGCUAAUCUUCAAUCCCUCGAAAUAACCAUCAUUGACAGAGAUCAAUGUAAGACAUCCUAUGAAAAAUUGGAAGAAAUAACGAGCAGAAUGAUUUGUGCUGGUUCUCCUGGUUUUGAUUCUUGCAAGGGCGACAGCGGAGGUCCUGUCGUUAUUAAUAAAACACUCGUCGGGGUGAUAUCUUGGGGUAAGGGAUGCGGAAGAGAAGGAUAUCCUGGAGUGUAUACAAACAUAGCAAACGAAGAGAUAAGAGACUUUAUUAGAAAAAUAACUGGAAUCUGA